CGGCUGGGGCUGCGCGCGUGAAGCGCUGGGGCGGCGGAGGCCAGGGAGGGGAGCGAGCCGAGCGCGGGGACGAAGCCCUUGGUCUCUUGUCUUUACACCACCCGCUCUCCUUUCCCAGCCGUCGCCGCCAUGGUGAAGAUCGUGGGCAGCCUGGUUGAAUUUGAGGCAGAACUGAAAUCUGCUGGUGGGAAGCUUAUAGUAGUUGAUUUCUCUGCCACAUGGUGUGGACCAUGCAAGAUGAUCAAGCCCUUUUUCCACAGUUUGUGUGAGAAGUAUGACAAUGUGGUGUUCAUAGAAAUCGAUGUGGAUGAUGCCCAGGAUGUUGCUUCGCACUGUGAUGUGAAGUGCAUGCCAACCUUCCAGUUCUACAAGGAUGGAAAGAAGGUGCAGGAGUUCUCUGGGGCCAAUAAAGAGAAGCUGGAAGAGACCAUUAAAAGUCUAGUCUAAUCUCCAACCAUUAAGACAUUGAGGCAUGAGUGCUUUGGCUAAAUUACAGCCUGCAACUUUUCUACUUAAAAAUAAAAACCCUAAACAAGCUAGCUAGAUUAAAUGGUGCAAACUAUGUUCUUGGUCCAUGUAUAAGAGUACAAUAAAGUAUAAACUCUUCA